AUGGAACCGCGACAGCUCUUCAGCGACUCGGCGGCCGAUCCGACAUCUACCGCCGAGGCCGUCAACAAUGCUCUCAACUGCGCUUCUUUCAACCUCCCUGAAGGAGGCAUUCUCCAACUCCCGAACGGCGAGAUCAUUACGCUUAGCGGUCCGGCCGCCUUCAACCCACCAUCCUGCGGCCUCGCCAUUCGUUCCGUUCCGAACAUCAUUGCUGGGACUGGAGGUAGCACCAUGGGACUGAAGACAGAUGACGACGCCCACUUUUCGGACUUCCACGAUCCGUUCUAUGCGUCAACAUUUCCGCAAGUCUACGCUCUUGCGGCGACGACAAUUAUUGCAUAUACCUUGGUCAUCAUGCUCUUUAUCACACCCAGGUCCUUUCUCGAUGGCGGAGUGGUUGUUCUGGGGCGCAAGGGGUUCACGAACGGCGGGGGCGGCACCAGUAUUGGCGGACGUCCUUGGUUGCAGAAAAUUGCAGCUCUCACGGUCGCCAUCUCACUGACCAUCGCCAACGCAGCUACGUUUCGCGUCGCCGAGCUCCAGUAUUCCUGGGGGACCCAAAAUGCCACGCAACUACAGGAAGAUGUUCUUGGUGGGACCGAGCUCAAAGUCAUCCGCAUCAUAUCCAACACUUUCCUAUGGCUCGCCCAAGCGCAAACCCUAAUUCGCCUCUUCCCACGCCAGAGAGAAAAGGUGAUUAUCAAAUGGACGGCAUUUGCACUCAUCACGCUAGAUGUCGUUUUUCAAUGUCUCAACAGCUUCAAGUAUCAGGGCUCCGACGUCACACGGCCCAAGUUCACUGAGGCCGUGCCGGCCCUCAGUUAUCUGUUCGCCCUCGCCCUAGGGGUCCUCUAUGCUGCUUGGGUCUUAUAUUACUCACUGAUGAAGAAGCGGUACGCGUUUUACCACCCCUUGAUGAAGAACAUGAUCCUCGUGGCUUUCCUGUCUGUGCUCUCCGUUCUCGUUCCUGUUGUAUUCUUCAUCCUCGAUAUGUCGAAAACCGGUAUUGCGGGCUGGGGAGACUACGUCAGAUGGGUGGGGGCAGCAGCAGCUAGUGUCAUUGUGUGGGAAGAAGUGUUCGAUGGAGACGAGAUGCUCGAGGCCUCACAGUCGGAACAUGCCUGGCCAAAGAGGAGGAGAAAGGGUUCGGGCGGUUCGGAUUCGCAAGACACGGAAAGUGGCAGGGGUGAAAAGGGCGGCGGAUCAAGUCUAUCGAGGUUCGGUGCCUGGCCGAGGAUUAGCAACUUGACAUCAAAAGACCGGGCGGAGCACGGCUCCAGGAACGAGACCAACCGGGAAAGUUCACCGGUGGCGGAUACUACAAACGACGACGAGAGGCCACGGUUCCGACCACCGCCGUUAUGGCCCGCGCGACCCACUCCGGCAGCGACACCAGUGAGUCGGACGGACACUACUAGCGCUGCUAGUACUAUAUACGCUGUCAGGUACAAUACCAUGACAGAACCAACAAUGUAUGGAACGCCACCGCCGAUACACAGUAUGGGGCGUUUGUCUAGAAGCGAGAGUCGUGGUUCCAGUCGACAUGGAGACUACGGGAGCACGAGUCCUGGCUCGACUCCUGCUCAAGACGCCCGCCCAACGCAAAAUUCCCACACCCAAACGGAAACACCAUCGGCAGGAAGUAGGUGGCACGCACUUGUCCCGGCGACUUCGAGCAGGGAUUUCGUGCCGCGCUCGGAGUCACGAGGAAGCAGCAAGAUGCAGCGCGAUGAGAAUUCCCGAUGGGAUCUGCGAGCUAGAGUCGAGGAGUUCGCGGCUACCCAGGCAGAGAAGCUGCGUGAGAAAUUCCGCCCGACGCUGGAUACCAACAACUUGCCGGUAACCGUCAUCCCGGCGCCGCCGCGAAGAGGCGCCGCCCUCGCCCAGCUUCGUGAGGAUGAAGAGCUUAAUAUUUCAUCAAGGGAGGGAGUGGCCAGGGAAGAGAGCUGGAAUAGCAAUGCUUCGGGAAUGGUGACUGCGGGAGAGGCUACACAAUCACCAACACAAGCCUCCUUUCCUCCACCACGUGCGGCAAGCAGCAGCAUGAGCACAGCGCAAACGUCGCGGCCACGGCUCAGUCCAAUCGUCACUCAGGGUUCUUUUACCAACAACAGCCGGUAUAACCACCUGCCAGUGACGGUAAUACCAGCUCCACUACGUCAGGACUCGGCCAGAGCACCAUCGCAGCCGCAGUCACCGUCGCCAGUUGCUCUCGGUAAGCAACCGGCGAGAAGCGACUCGACAACGACACCGUCUCCUUGA